AUGCACAGGCUGGGGCCCACCGGUUGCUUGCUGCUGUUCGGCUUGGGACUGUGCUCUGUGCCCGGGGCGCGCGCCCGGAACGUGCUGUUGAUCCUCGCGGAUGACGGGGGCUUUGAGAGUGGUGUUUACAACAACAGUGCCAUUGCUACCCCGCACCUGGACGCCUUGGCCCGCCGCAGCCUGAUCUUCCGAAAUGCAUUUACCUCCGUCAGCAGUUGCUCUCCCAGCCGGGCCAGCCUCCUCACCGGCCUACCCCAGCACCAGAACGGCAUGUAUGGGCUGCACCAGGACACCCACCACUUCAACUCCUUUGACAAGGUGCGGAGCCUGCCACUGCUCCUCAGCCAGGCCGGUGUUCGCACAGGGAUCAUUGGGAAGAAGCAUGUGGGACCCGAGGUGGUGUACCCAUUCGACUUCGCCUACACGGAGGAGAAUGGCUCCGUCCUCCAGGUGGGACGCAACAUCACCAGGAUAAAGCUACUGGUCCAGAAAUUUCUGCAGUCCCAGGACGCCAGACCCUUCUUCCUCUACGUUGCCUUCCAUGAUCCCCACCGCUGUGGGCAUUCGCAGCCCCAGUACGGAAGUUUCUGCGAGAAGUUCGGCAAUGGAGAAAGCGGCAUGGGGCGCAUCCCAGACUGGACCCCCCAGACCUACAAUCCCCAGGACGUGCAGGUGCCUUACUUCAUCCCUGACACUCCAGCUGCACGAGCUGACCUGGCUGCUCAGUACACCACCAUUGGCCGUAUGGACCAAGGGAUUGGUCUUGUGCUCCAGGAGCUGCAGGGAGCCGGGGUCCUGAAUGACACCCUGGUGAUCUUCACAUCUGACAACGGAAUCCCCUUCCCCAGCGGUAGGACCAACCUGUAUUGGCCGGGCACGGCAGAGCCUUUUCUGCUGUCAUCUCCCGAGCACCGCCGUCGCUGGGGCCAGGUCAGCCAGGCCUACGUGAGCCUCCUAGAUCUAACCCCCACCAUCUUGGAUUGGUUCUCCAUUCCCUACCCCAGCUAUGCCAUUUUCGGCUCAAAGACCGUGCAGCUCACUGGUCGGUCCCUCCUGCCAGCACUGGAGUCUGAGCCCCCCUGGACCACUGUCUUCGGCAGCCAGAGCCUCCACGAGGUCACCAUGUACUACCCCAUGCGUUCCGUGCACCACGACAACUUCCACCUGGUACACAAUCUCAACUUUAAGAUGCCCUUCCCUAUUGACCAGGAUUUCUACGUCUCCCCAACAUUCCAGGAUCUCCUGAACCGCACCAGGGCAGGCCAGCCCACAGGCUGGUACAAAGACCUCUAUCACUAUUACUACCGGGACCGCUGGGAACUCUACGACCGGAGCCAGGACCCUCACGAGACCCACAAUCUGGCCACUGACCCGCACUAUGCCCAGCUUCUAGAAAUGCUCAAGACUCAGCUGACCAAGUGGCAAUGGGAAACCCAGGACCCUUGGGUGUGUGCGCCUGAUGGGGUCCUGGAGGAGAAACUCUCUCCCCAGUGCCGGUCACUCCAUAACGAGCUAUGA